GUAUUUCCGGUUGAGACAAAAUCACCAUCCCCGAGGCAAAUAAAAUAUUAUUUUAUUAGAUAUUCAAAGUACUACUUGGGUUUACAAGUGUUUAAAACUCUUGGUUCUCUGUACUUUCUGCGAGAUUUAUUUUACACGGAGAGAGGGUGAGAGAGAGAGAGAGAGAGAGACGGCGGUGACACGGUGGGAGUUUUGGGUUGAAGAUAGAAGGGUGUGUUCGUAUUCAAGGGGAAAAGAAGAUGGUGGAGGCAAAGAACAAGUGGUGGUUGGUUGAGAAUAACAAUGCGAUGAAAGCAACAAGGUCUUCAUGGCUUCAAUCUACUCUUUCGGAUCUGGAUGAAAAGACGAAGGCAAUGCUGAAGAUCGUUGAAGAAGAUGCAGAUUCCUUUGCUCAACGCGCAGAGAUGUAUUACAGAAAGCGGCCAGAGCUUAUAUCAAUGGUUGAAGAAUUCUAUCGAUCCCAUCGUUCGUUGGCUGAGCGAUAUGAUCAAUUGAAGUCGGAUUCUGGAAGUCGUCUUGCAACUCCAUGGGCACCUUCUCUGUCAUUCACAAAAUACAGAGGAGACAAAUUGAUAUGCUCCACAGAAAGAUCCUAUGACAGCUAUUCUGAGACCUAUGAGCCUGAGGAGUCGUCUGGUGAUUCUGAGGUUGAUGAUCCUGAACCAGUAGAAGAAUCCAAAUGUGACAAUGAAGUGGACAAUGAAGUUUCAAGCGAGGACAGAAGUGAAAGUGAAGAAGUUUUGAAGCUACGGGAGGAAAUAGCCAAACUCAAAGAAGAAAACAAACUUCAAGAGGAGUCCUUGUUGCUGAAAGAUGAAGAGAAAAGGGAGGCCAUAAGACAGCUCAGUUUCACUGUUGAUAUGCUCAAGGAAGAUAAUAUGAAGCUUAGAAAGCUGGUUGCUGCAAAAGAGACUCCCAAGAAACAAAGCCCCAUUGACUUCAUCAAAUCAAACGAAGGUUUCUGGGGGAAAAUAUUCAACGGAUCUCCACAACGUCAGGUGAGUGUUGUUCGCUCCUUAGAACUAGUUUAGGAGCAGCAGGUGAAUUGAAACAAAACAGCUCAUAUGUAGUUAUGUCGUAUUUAUAAUAUAGAUGUACUCUCUAGUCUCUACGUAAUUUGUUGAUAUGUUUAUUCUCUAGAUGGAUGCUAAAGCUGUUAUAAUAAUUGUUGUCACUAUUAGGUUGGUCUGUAAUAGUUCACGGUGUUAAGCUUAUUCAUUCAUAUGUAUAUCAGGUCUUUUUGUUUA